AGUGAGCGAGUGACCUCAGACGACCCGAGACGGACUCAACAUGUUGCUGCUGGUGUUGUUGUUCUGUGGCCUGACUCUGGCUCAAGACUCUCUGGAAGCUACUGACACGGAACAGACGGAGAAAGCGUCUGUGGGCUAUCCUGUUGUGGGGGACAUCCUGAGAGAACUGGGAGCCAUGAGAGAAAAAGUGGGAGCUUUGGAAAACAGACUGAAGGACAGCGAACAACUGAUUGAAGAGCUGAGAAGCAGAGAGAAAAGUGCUGUGAUGUUCAGUGCAGCGAUGGAUGGAGGUGGAGGUCAUGGACCAUUCAACACAAACAAAAUAUUAAUCUACAACACAGUGUUGGCUAACGUUGGCGCUGCCUACAAUAAGUUCACAGGAAUCUUCACUGCACCUUUAACCGGGGUUUACUACAUUACCUACUUCUAUCACGCUGGAGGAGGAAACCCAGCAAAUCUGUCCCUCAUCAAGAACUACGAAAUGGUGGCGUUGACCUCCGAUCACGGUUCGUCACAUGACGGGGCGGAUAACGGAGGCAACGCCGUGCUGAUAAAUCUGCGGCAGGGCGACCAGGUGUUUGUGCGCAUGCAGGCAAAUUCACAUGUGUAUGCAUCUGGACGCAUGACCAGCUUCAGUGGAUUUCUGCUCAGCAGAGGUUGGGAAGAGCACAGCACAUGAAAAUAUGAUCAUAUCAUAUAUAAGAUGCAUUUUCUCCAGUUAUGUUGUGGUGGCAACAUAACUGGUUCACAUUACAAAGUUCUUCUCUACUGAGUUCCUUUGUUGCAUCCAGAAUAAAUAAAACCCUCUUCUGCCCUAAUGA